AUGACGGACGACAACAAAUCAGCAGAUGUCGAAUCUGACUACUAUCGCUUGACGGAUUCAUCAUGCGCCGCGCCGAAGGAGGCGGUCCCCUGGGGGGUUGAGGAGCCAGCAAAAACAACGACUUUAACCAAUAGCCCUGAAAAUGAAGCAGAAUAUCCAUCCUUGUGGAAACUAAUUCCUAUCACAGCGGGGCUCUGUUGUAGUAUUUUCUGUAUGGCCUUGGACAACACAAUCAUCGCAACGGCUAUUCCAAGAAUCACUGCCGAGUUUGAUUCGCUUAAUGACAUGGGCUGGUAUGGUAGCGCUUACAUGUUGACCACAUGUGCGGUAACCCUUAUUUUCGGCAAGCUUUACACAUACUACUCGCUCAAAUGGACAUUUAUGACGGCGCUGGCCUUGUUCGAGCUGGGAUCGCUUGUCUGCGGCCUUACUACAUCCUCGACGGGCCUCAUAAUUGGCCGAGCACUAGCUGGAGUAGGAGCUGGAGGACUGUUUUCCGGUGCCAUGCUUGUCAUCGCAACCCUUGUACCUUUGCGAAGGCGCCCGAUUUUUUCCGGGUUUAUUGGGAUCGUAUUUGGAAUUUCUAGCGUGGCUGGUCCGCUGAUGGGAGGCGCUCUAACAGAUCAUGUCAGCUGGAGGUGGUGUUUUUAUAUCAACUUACCAUUUGGAGCCAUCACAGCUCUUGUUAUUGUGUUUUUCUUCCAGGAUAAACAAACCAAGAACAAAAUCACAAACCGUGAGAAACUACGGAGUUUGGAUUUAAUUGGGACAGCCAUUUUCCUCCCCGGUAUCAUUUGUCUCCUUCUUGCCUUGCAAUGGGGGGGUCAAAAAUAUCCCUGGGCAAAUGUGCGGAUUAUCGUGCUGUUUGUGCUAUUUGGGGUGUGCCUUUGCGGCUGGAUCUACAUUCAAUAUCGGAAACAGGACCGAGCGACAGUACCGCCUCGAAUCAUCAAGAACCGCAACGUGUGGGGUGCAAUGGCCUACACUAUUUUGAUCGGCGCUUCUUUCUUCGUCUUGGUCUACUAUCUCCCCCUGUGGUUCCAGGCAAUUAAAGGGGCCAGUGCUACUAGCUCUGGCGUGAGGAACCUGCCGUUAAUUAUAGGCGUGUCUAUCUUUGCGAUGAUUGCAGCCAUACUAGUGACGCUGUCCGGAUACUACAAUCCUCUCAUGCUGGCCGCGUCCGUAAUCUUCAGCGUCGGCAAUGGCCUCCUCACAACACUAGAGCCUGACUCAGGUCCCGCCAAGUGGAUAGGCUACCAAGCGAUGGCUGGUAUUGGGGCAGGCCUGGGUAUGCAGCUGCCUAAUAUCGUUGUGCAAGCAGCAGUCGAUGAUGCUGAUGUCCCCGUCGCGACUGCGUUAGUCGUAUUUAGCCAAUCGCUGUCGGGUGCGAUGUUUAUUUCCAUUGCCCAAAAUGUAUUCCAGAAUCGACUGAUUGCAAAUGUCCAGAAGAUGGCACCAAUGCUCGAUCCAUCCCUGGUGACCCAAGCUGGAGCAACAAAGCUGCGGGAAGCCUUUCCUGACGACAUCGAUGUGGUACUACAAGCCUACAACGGUGCUGUCACCCAGACAUUCUACAUCGCAGUUGCAACGAGUAGCCUUUCGAUAUUUGGGGCUCUGUGUCUACAAUGGAUUUCUGUUAAAAAGAAGCAGGUGACGACGGCUCUUUGA